UUAUGUACUUAUUUGGUGCAUUGAUAUAAAUUCUGGUUGGAUAUUUUAUGCACUAGGGAGAUUGACUCGAUGAGGGUAUUUGUUGGAAACCUGUAUUAAUCGAUCCAACUGGUUGAGGAGAAACCGCCAUUUCGAUUUAUAAGAUGGAUCCCCGCCGCCACAAUGCCCAGGACGUUGUCCGAUGUGACUUAUGUAAGGAGAACAUAGUGCAGAGCUACUGUGACUUUUGUCAUGUCAGCCUUUGCAAGCCCUGUAUAGGAGAACAUAUCUCGGAUGAGUAUGACAAACAUAGAAUAGUUUCCUUUAAGGAAAGAAAAUCAACCUUAAUGUUUCCAACAUGUAAAUCGCAUUCCAAAGAAACAUGUAAAUUGCAAUGCAAGUCAUGUACUGUCUUAAUGUGUGCUUUGUGUGCUGCAUCCGAAACACAUAAAGGUCACGAUUUCAUAGUCCUUGAAGACAUCUACAAGACAAAUAAAACGGGUAUAGAAAAAGAUGCUGAAGAAAUAGAAAAAGUUAUUGCCCCUACGUAUGAAGAAAUAAGGAACGAGUUAAUUACACAGAUUGAAAGUCUCAAUGAAGACUAUGAGAAAAUUACAAUAGUUAUAUCAGAACAAGGUGUAAAAUGGCACACAGAAGUUGAAAGAGUCAUUAACAAAACGAAGAAUGAAAUAACAGAGAUAAAAGAGAAACACCGUCAUAUAUUAGAGAAACAUUUGAAUAAAAUCAAACAGAUCGAAUUCUUGAUUAAAGAGAACGUAUCUACCUUAAAGGAUCUUGAGGAAUCUAACGAUGUGACUGUGAUUGUAAAUUACAGAACCAAAAUUAAUGAAUUUAGAAAGAUGCCUUUCAAAGUUCAUGUCACACUGCCAACAUUUUGUCCCAAGCCUAUCAACAGAGAUCAGGUUUGCGAAAUGUUUGGAACCCUAAGACCUUUAGUCUCAACAAUAAAAGAAGAUGGCUACACGAAUGAGUUACCAGAGGAUUCAUCCAGAGAACUGAUAGAUAUACCUGAGUUCAUCAAUACGUUUAACACAGGGUAUGACAAUCUUCUAUGUGUUUCCUUUCACACUGAAGAAGAAAUAUGGACAAGUACGAGCUGUGAUAGAAUUAUCAAAUGCUUCACUACUAGUGGCAAAUGUAUGAAUACCAUCAUAACAAAACAAGGAAGCUAUACAGAUAAUAUAGCAGUCACAAGUACUGGAGAUUUAGUGUAUUGUGACCGUGCAUCAAAGACUUUGAAUCAAGUCAAAGAUGGAAAAAUAGAAGAGAUAAUUGUAUGUCAAGGAUGGAAACCUAUGAAUUUGUGUAUUAGCUCUACUGGUGAACUUCUAAUAGCAUUUUCUAAAGAUGACAGAACUCAAUCUAAAGUUGUCCGAUACUCAGGAAGUACAGAGAAACAAACAAUUCAGUUUGAUGAUGAAGGUAAACCUCUGUACUCCAGUAGUUUUAGCACUAAAUGCGUCGCUGAAAACAAAAACCAUGACAUCUGUGUAGCUGACUGGGGGGCUGGUGCAGUAGUGGCGGUUAAUCAGAACGGGAAACUCAGAUGGCGAUGCAUCGGUCAUCCCUCAGUUACCAAGGAAAAUCCUUUUAAACCUUUUGGCAUCACAACAAAUAGCCAGAGUCAGAUCCUGACGGCAGACCGCGACAACCACUGUAUCCACAUCCUAGACCAGGAUGGACAGUUCUUACGCUACAUCGAAAACGUGAAAAAUCCUCACGGUCUCUGUGUUGAUUAUCUUGACAAUUUGUAUGUUACCGAGCAAUGGACUGGGGAUGUAAAGGUCAUCAGAUAUCUUAAAUGAAUACUGACAUUUUGUAAAUAAUGUAUGUUGUACAUUACUCAGUUCAAUGGGGUAAAACUGUAGUCACUUAUUUGACAUUAACUGAAAAGUUGAAAGUCCUUUCUUUCCAUUUUGAUAAUGAUACAUACAUACACAAUCCUGGAAAUGUGAAGAUCAUCAAAUAUCUCAUAUAAAUGGCAGACGAGUGUGUAAAUACAAUAUGCUCUAAUUCACAGUGUUUCUGAUUAUUUUUUUUCCUUUAUAUUAAGUACAGUAUAUAGGCCUUUAAAAUAUAUUCAUUCGUGUUAACUGAUAUAUUACAGAAUUGUUAUAAAUGUUUUGUGUUGUGUAUUUGAUUUGAUUGAAAAUAAAUACGAUUUACAAUCACAGUGGAUGUAAGUUACUUUUUAUAUUUUGUACGUAUUUACAUGUAUCAAUACUAGAAUA